CACACACGCUCUCUCUCUCUCUUCGUCUCACUCGUUUUCAUCAUCAAUUCUGAAAACCCACAAGAGAACAGAAAGGGGAGAAUCAGACCCUCCAUUGCCAACCCUUCAAGCUCACUGGUAAUGCGAUCAAGUUUUUGAGACGGAAGACAAAAGAGAAUGACAUCCUGUGAGCCAUCAACUUCAGCUGAUGGAAAAGGGCGUGCUUGUUUAACCCUGCCAAAGCUGGUUAGAGGUGUUGUGUGCUUAUUGGUGCUACUCUUAACUGCUUUUAUGAUGUUAGUGUACUUUGGCUUUCUGACUGCCGUCCCACUGAGACUUUUCAGCAUACAUCAUAGCAGAAAAGCACUGUCAUUUUUUUUCGGCAUCUGGUUAGCUUUGUGGCCUUUUCUCUUUGAAAAGAUAAACAAGACGAAAGUUAUUUUUUGUGGAGAGACUGUUCCUCCUAGGGAACGUGUAUUGCUCAUUGCAAACCAUAAAACAGAGGUUGACUGGAUGUAUUUGUGGGACCUUGCGUUGCGGAAGGGAUGCAUAAAUUACAUAAAGUAUGUUCUCAAGAGCAGCUUGAUGAAGCUGCCAGUAUUUGGCUGGUCAUUUCAGCUUUUGGAGUUCAUCUCUGUGGAGAGAAAGUGGGAGAUUGAUGAAUCAUCUAUGCAUCGGAUGCUUCUAACAUUUAAAGAUCCUAGGGAUCCCCUCUGGCUUGCUCUUUUCCCUGAAGGCACAGAUUUCACUGAGCAGAAGUGUGUCCGAAGUCAAAAAUAUGCUGCUGAAAAUGGCCUACCAAUCCUAAAAAAUGUGCUGCUUCCAAAGACAAAGGGGUUUUAUGCAUGCUUGCAGGAGUUGCGGGCAUCUCUGGAUUCAGUUUAUGAUGUGACCAUUGGCUACAAAUACCGUUGUCCAUCUUUCAUGGACAAUGCUUUUGGCGUCGACCCCGCAGAAGUUCAUGUGCACGUGCGACGUAUCCGCCUCAAUGACAUCCCGACGUCCGAAAAUGAAGUCACUUCUUGGCUGAUGGACACAUUCUGCUUCAAGGACCAGUUGCUCUCUGACUUCCAUUCCAAGGGCCAUUUUCCUAAUCCAGGAACAGAAAAGGAACUUUCGACAGUGAAGUGCCUUCUGAAUGCUUUUGGGGUUAUCUUCUUGACCUGCACAUGUACCUAUCUCACAUUUUUCUCAUCCAUUUGGUUUAAGGUGUAUGUUUCUUCCGUUUGUGCAUAUCUGGCAACUGCAACCUAUUUUAACAUUCGGCCACGACCAAUUGCUGGCUCUGUCAAAGCUGUUAUUACUCGCAACAUUGCCAAGCAUUGAUGAGGAAUAAUUCAGAAUCUAUAAUUUCUUUCUCCAUUAUUUGAUAUCAACAGUGUUGAAAUCUGUCUUACUCUAAAUCCUUCUGUCUCAAGUUGUCUGGAUUUACCCAGUAGUUUUCUUGAGGAGUACUCUGUUAGGGAUGACGAAUGUUGGCCGGAUAUUUUUUCUUCUCAUGGAUUAUUUCGUUUUGAUGGGUUUCUGUA